CGAGCUACGGGCCAACAACUGGCCCACGCGGCCAGCAACUACGCCCGUGGCCACUACACCAUCGGCAAGGAGAUCGUCAAUCUAGUUCUGGACAGGAUCCGCAAACUGGCCGAUCAGUGCACCGGUCUGCAGGGCUUCCUCAUCUUCCACUCGUUCCGUGGAGGUACUGGCCAGAGCCAGAGCAUCACCUCGCUACUGAUGGAGCGUCUCUCCGUGGACUACAGCAAGAAGUCCGAGCUGGAGUUCGUCGUGUACCAAGCUCAUGUAAAUAGAAUAGUUUAAAUAACCCAAAAAACAAACUUGCUUAUGAACAAGAAAAGCAGCAAGUCAUAAAAACUAUAGAAAUACUUUUGGUCCUAU